AUGCCAUAUCUCAACGUCCGCAUACAAGCGCAUAUCAGAAGUGCUUUUAAUGCAGAUCAGCUUCUACUGGACGAUAAAUCAUUUAGCUACGAUGACCCUUACCGUCUCUCGUCUGUUUUUACCGGAUUAGGAUCGGCAUUUGAUCACAAAGGUGAGUUUUCAAAAGCAUUAUUUUAUUACAGAAAAUCGUUGGAAAUAAAGAAAAACACUCUGACAGCAAAUUAUGCCCAUUUUGCUUCAACAUUUAAUAAUAUGGGUUUUGUUUAUUAUGAACAAGGCGAUUAUAGUCAGGCCAUAAUGUACUUCGGAAAAGCAUUAGAAAUCGACUUGCCGAAUGCAGAUGCAAGAAAUCUCAAAAAGUUGGCAAAUUCAUUACCUGAAAAUAACAUAGGUGCGAUACAUGCUUGUCGAGCUAAUUAUGACGAAGCACUUGAUUAUUACAAAAAAACUAUGGAUAUACAAAUUAAAACAUCGUCUAUCAAUCAUCCAUCACUUGCUAUUCUAUAA